GCACUUAGAGAGGCAGUCGGGAUGGAGGGUCGAGUUGAAGACAGGGAGGGGUGAGGAACGAGCAGAGGCCAGUUGUUUGGCCACUUGAGGGAGUUUGGACUUGUCCCGAGGGCACUAGGGAGCCGUGAAGGGCUUCAAGCCGGGGAGGAUCAUGUCUGACUCCCUGGUGGUGUGCGAGGUAGACCCAGAGCUAACAGAAAAGCUGAGGAAAUUCCGCUUCCGAAAAGAGACAGACAAUGCAGCCAUCAUAAUGAAGGUGGACAAAGACCGGCAGAUGGUGGUGCUGGAGGAAGAAUUUCAGAACAUUUCCCCAGAGGAGCUCAAAAUGGAGUUGCCGGAGAGACAGCCCAGGUUCGUGGUUUACAGCUACAAGUACGUGCAUGACGAUGGCCGAGUGUCCUACCCUUUGUGUUUCAUCUUCUCCAGCCCUGUGGGCUGCAAGCCGGAACAACAGAUGAUGUAUGCAGGGAGUAAAAACAGGCUGGUGCAGACAGCAGAGCUCACAAAGGUGUUUGAAAUCCGCACCACUGAUGACCUCACCGAGGCCUGGCUCCAAGAAAAGUUGUCUUUCUUUCGUUGAUCUCUGGGCUGGGGACUGAAUUCCUGAUGUCUGAGUCCUCAAGGUGACUGGGGACUUGGAACCCCUAGGACCUGAACAACCAAGACUUUAAAUAAAUUUUAAAAUGCAAAAACUCGGA